AUGGCGGAGGUUUUCGGCGUUGUCCUGAAGAAGCUGUGGGACGAGGUCCAGGACGUUCCCAACGAGAUCUCUCGGCUCGUCCGACAACUGGAACUUCCCAGACCCGUACUCGCCGAGAUGGAGUCCGAGUUCACGCAGCAGACGCACAAGGUGUACCACAACAGCGCGGCGAGCCUCAGCAUGGAAUACUGCCAGCAGGCCGUGGCGGAGCUCGACGCGCUAGCCGAAGACUUGCGGUCGCGGAUUGAUGCGGCAAAGAGGUCCAGGAGAAACAUCACGAAGCUGAAGGCAGCCUUGAAGAAGGAGCAGAUUCAAGGUUAUCAAGAGAAGAUGCAGUUUGCUUUGAGUCUUCUGUCACUCUCGCAGCAAACCCACACAAUUUCUGUGGUCAAAUCUCGGUUCCUGGCAUUCCGGAACCCAGCCCCCCAGGCACGCGUCCAGCUUCCGAGUUGGAUAUCAGAGACAUUCUGGGAUUUCCAGGCCUACAGAGCGUGCACAGGAUGGAAGGUUUCGCUCAAGCCCUGGACAAUGAGACAAACAAACGACCCGAUUUUCAUAGAUGUCCGGAGUGGCUCUCUGGAUGACGUUCAGAAAGCCUUGAAGUGUAACGAGGCUUCUCUACAGGAUAUUGAUGAGCAGGGAUGGACGCUGUUGCACGUACGUGCUUUACCAAUCAAAGCCCUUGAAUCAGGAAUCCGCUGA